AUGGCCAACCUACGCAAAACUCACCCCCUGUUAAAAAUCGCCAAUGAUGCUCUGGUAGAUCUACCCACCCCCUCAAAUAUCUCCCUUUGAUGAAACUUCGGCUCCCUUUUAGGACUUUGCCUGAUCUCUCAGAUUGUAACUGGCCUCUUCUUGGCAAUACACUACACCUCUGAUAUUGCUACCGCUUUUUCAUCAGUCACCCAUAUCUGCCGAGAUGUUAACUAUGGCUGACUAAUUCGCAAUAUACAUGCUAAUGGUGCCUCAUUCUUUUUCAUUUGUAUUUACCUCCACAUUGCUCGAGGGUUAUAUUACGGGUCCUACCUUUACAAAGAGACCUGAAAUAUUGGUGUAAUACUUCUAGUUCUUGUAAUAGCAACAGCUUUCGUAGGUUAUGUUUUACCUUGAGGACAAAUAUCGUUUUGAGGUGCUACCGUUAUCACUAACCUUUUGUCUGCUGUGCCUUAUGUAGGCACUGAUUUAGUACAGUGGAUUUGAGGGGGUUUCUCUGUGGAUAACGCUACUUUGAACCGAUUUUUUACAUUUCACUUCCUACUCCCAUUUAUAGUAUUAGCUGCCACCCUUGUUCACCUUCUAUUUUUACAUGAAACAGGUUCUAAUAACCCCGCGGGAUUGAACUCAGAUGUAGACAAGAUCUCCUUCCACCCGUACUUUUCCUUCAAAGAUCUUUUAGGGUUCGCAGCACUGAUGUUAUCACUCGUUGCCUUGGCUUUAUUUUUACCCUAUUUACUAGGAGAUCCUGAUAAUUUCACACCCGCCAACCCUUUAGUUACCCCUACUCAUAUUAAACCAGAGUGAUACUUUUUAUUCGCAUACGCCAUCCUUCGAUCCAUCCCUAAUAAGUUAGGAGGUGUGUUAGCCUUACUAUCAGCUAUCCUGGUAUUAGCACUUGUCCCCUUCCUACACACCUCUAAACACCGAGGGUUGACAUUCCGCCCACUCACACAAGCUCUGUUUUGAUUACUAGUUGCCGAUGUUAUAAUCUUAACAUGAAUUGGAGGAAUACCUGCUGAACCUCCUUACAUUAUCGUUGGGCAGCUGGCCUCAAUCGCUUAUUUUUCGAUCUUCCUAGUACUAAUGCCCUCAGCAGGGUAUAUUGAAAACAGCAUACUCGAAUGAGAAU